UUUGGAAUAUGAAAAGACAAAGAAACUCAUAUUCAGUUGAAGAAAAAGAGAAAGCUGUGGAGUUGGCUCAUUGUACUUCAAACACACAUGCUGCCAACUAUUAUUCUUUAGAUCUAACGAUGCUUGAAGAAGCCCAACUUUAUAAAUGGGUAAAGAUAGUUCGAUAUAAUGGUCUUGCUAUAACGUAUUCUAAUCUAAGAGUAAAAAUGGCUGAAAUAAUGAAUAAGAGCUCUAAACAAACCAAGGAUGAUAGAAAAAAAUUUGCAAUUACCAACUUUAAGUUUUCAUCAUGA